UUAGGUAAUUUAUAUACGAUGAUUCGUUGAGGGUAACUCGGAAGAGUUCCACGAUGGCCAUGAGGCAAGGUGUCGAAAGAAACGGUGCUUGGAUCCCUCUCUUUUUUCCUUUGUUAGGAAUUUUAUCGAUUUCUUGGGCACAAAAUCAAGUCAGUGAAGAUAUAGACGAGAAAAUUGCUUUUGAUUUGCCAGGACAACAACAACCAAUUUCGUUUGCACCAUCUACAACAGAUCAUUUAAGCACGGGAUAUAUUGUCUAUUGUCCCUGUAUGGGCCGGUUUGGAAAUCAAGCUGACCAGUUUUUAGGAUCAUUAGCUUUUGCAAAAGGGUUGAAUCGCACCCUUGUGUUACCUCCAUGGAUAGUUUAUCCAAGUUAUAAAAGAGGUGACUCUGAUCGGGUACCAUUUGAUGACUGGUUUCUUGUUAAGCCACUUGAAGCUUACCACAGUGUUAUAACAAUGGAAAAUUUCAUGAAAGACAUCGCUCCAACAAUAUGGCCACCUGGAAGAAGAAUAGGUUUCUGUUACUCAUUUCAAGAUGUUCAAAAGUGUGAUAUGAAGCAGGGAAAUCCUUUUGGACCUUUCUGGGAUCACUUUCAUAUUGACUUUGAUGAUUAUCAGGAACAUUCUGGCUUGCUGUGGGACACAGAACAAGAGUGGGCAAGGGUAGGGUGGAACACAAGAUUUCCAGAGUCAGAGUUUCCAGUUAUAGCACUGAUGGGAGCACCAGGAGCUUUCCCUGUACAUUCACAAAACAGAUGGUUACAAAAGUUUGUCCAGUGGUCGGCUAAAGUUGAAAAUAAAGCCAAGAGGUUUAUUUCAACUGUCAUGAAUAAUGAACCUUUUGUGGGUAUUCAUCUACGCAAUGGAAUUGACUUUGUGUCUGUACAUAGGAGGGACCCUUCAGAUGAAGUUAAUGAUCCGAUCCUGGACUUGGCAAUCCUUACUAUGUCAAAUCACUUUAUAGGCAACUGUGUGUCAAGCUUCACUUCGUUUGUGACUCGCUAUCGAGAAGUCAACAAUAAGCCAACAUCAUUUUGGGCUUUUAAAGAUAAAAAGUAAAACUGUGAAAAUCGCUUUUUCCCUGUAUGCGGUUGGUUUUUGGAAUCGAAGGAUUUCUACAUCAUGACAGUGUUGAAUUCAUUGCGCCUACCAGAGUUGUCAGAGUCCUUACUUUUGUGAUAUCUCGAUUUGCUAUCAGUUGACUGCAAACAGUGCUGUAAAUCAACCUCAGUAUGCACAGCUUCUGUGUUGUUUAUAGCACAUUUUAGUUUAAUUGUAUUUUAAUAUAGGAUAUUUAUAGGUGGGGAAUAAUAUAGAAAUAAUUAAAUCUCUCUUCCUGAAAUCCA